AAAAAUGGAACUGCAUUCAUGUAUAAACCGCUCUCGCCAACAUUCUUCAUAGUUAGUGGAGGCGGAGUGUCAGUGUUUUGAACAACUUGCGAACCUUACGAGGGCGAUUCCCUUUCCUCGUUUCCCUCUGCGACUAAAGCCCUAAUUUUCGAAGGAAAGGAAAGGGAACCAAACAGAGGGCUCUGCCAACCUUUUUCGUGUUCUAGCGCCGUACUUUGCUUUCCCGCGGGACCCUUACGCUCUAAACAACGUGAAGUUGACGCAUUUCCGGCUCCCUACGCUGUGUUCUCGUUAUAAUUCGCCGUAAUUGAGGCGCUUAUUCUGAUUUUGUAAGAAAUAACAAGAAUUGAUAACGAUGUCAGCCACCCGAUUGAGUAAGGGUGUUAUUACGAAACCAACGAGGCCAUUAUCUUCAUCGCGAUGUGGCAAUGUUCGUAAUUCCUCUGUGCCAAUUGAUAGGAAGGGGAUAGGCAAUGCAGACAUAGUGGGGAAAUGCCAUUUGUCUUCAAGGCGUAGAACACUAUUGUCACCGCUGUUGACCCGUCGGAGAAAACCCAGGUUUAAUGUGUGCAGUAGCCAGUUGAGUUCAGAUUGUGAUGUGGGUGCCUCUGAUGUGGAAGAAAGAUUGGCUGUAGGGGAAGAAGAGGUCUUGUGCAGUUCAGGGGAGGACACUACUCCUGAAUUGACAGGAACUCCUGUCCGUCAAUCACAGUCUCAAGAUGUCAAGCGUGAACUUUUAAUGCUUUCUUUGCCUGCCAUUGCUGGACAGGCUCUUGAACCCUUAGCACAGCUGAUGGAGACUGCUUAUAUCGGUAGAUUAGGUCCUGUGGAGUUGGGUUCAGCUGGUGUUUCCACAAAUAUUUUUAACUACGUAUCAAAGCUAUUUAAUAUUCCUCUCCUUAGUGUUGCUACUUCUUUUGUUGCUGAAGACAUUUCAAAAAAUGCACGCGAAGAUUCCACUUCAGAAGGGGGUUGUCUAAAAGGCAGUACUAAUGGUAAACCAUUUAGUGGAGUACCUGAAAGAAAGCAACUAGCUUCAGUGUCUACAGCUUUACUUUUAGCAGUUGGGAUUGGUAUUAUUGAGGCUUUAGCCUUGUAUUUGGGAUCUGGAAAGUUUCUAGAUUUGAUGGGUAUAUCAUCAGCUUCGCCCAUGCGCAUUCCAGCACAACGAUUUCUUUCACUUAGAGCACUUGGUGCUCCUGCAGUUGUGGUGUCUUUGGCUCUUCAGGGUGUUUUCCGUGGUUUUAAGGAUACAAAAACUCCCGUUUUUUGUCUAGGCAUUGGUAAUCUAUUAGCUGUAUUUUUGUUUCCCACUCUUAUGUAUUAUUUUCAAUUGGGUGCAACUGGAGCAGCCAUAUCCACUGUUGUGUCUCAAUACAUUGUUACCUCCUUACUGAUCUGGCAAUUAAACAAGAGAGCUAUAUUAUUGCCUCCAAAGAUGGGAUCACUUCAGUUUGGUGGAUAUUUAAAAUCGGGUGGCUUUCUUCUUGGAAGAACUCUUGCUGUCCUUACAACCAUGACAUUGGGGACAUCGAUGGCUGCUCGUCAAGGUCCGGUAGCUAUGGCUGCACAUCAGAUAUGUAUUCAAGUAUGGUUAGCCGUAUCCCUCCUUACAGAUGCACUUGCUGCAUCUGGUCAGGCCCUGAUUGCGAGUUCUUUAUCUAAAGGUGACUACGGGGCUGUAAAGGACAUUACACACCUUGUAUUAAAGAUAGGAUUGGUCACUGGAAUUUCCUUGUCUGCAAUUCUGGGUGUAUCUUUUGGUUCUUUGGCUACCGUGUUCACCAAGGAUGCUGAAGUUUUAGAAAUUGUUAGAACUGGGGUAUUGUUUGUUAGUGCUAGUCAACCUUUAAAUGCACUGGCGUAUAUUUUUGAUGGUCUCCAUUAUGGUAUUUCAGACUUCCCAUAUGCAGCUUGGUCGAUGAUGACAGUGGGGGCAAUAUGUUCAGUAUUUUUGCUCUAUGCUCCUUCAAUUAUUGGUCUUCCUGGGGUUUGGUUGGGGUUGACACUCUUUAUGGGCCUACGAACAAUGGCAGGAUUUGCGAGAUUACUAUCAAAAAGGGGUCCAUGGUGGUUCCUGCACAGGGACUUCCAGAGAAUCGAGAGUGGGUGAGUAAGUCUUCCUAGUUCAGAAGAUAUGGAUUCAUUUGAAUAUGUCUUCAAAUACGGUUUAAUUCUCCCCAUCAAACUAUGGCAAAAGGUUAUUUGUAGUUCAUACUUGUUUUUAUAUUUAUUUCCCCCUUCCUCA